GCGCUGUGCCUCUCGUCACCCCCUCCUGAAGAUUAGCAAUAGCAGGCUGCAUGAACAUGGACGUGCAGGUAGCGCCGCUGCGGGCCUGGGGGGAUUUCUUCCCGGGCUUUGACCGCUUUGGACGACCGGACUUUAAAGACAUCUCCAAAUGGAAUAAUAGAGUGGUGAGCAACCUGCUGUAUUACCAGACCAAUUACCUGGCCCUGGCCGCGGCCGUCAUCUGCCUGGUGGGGUUUUUAAGUCCUUUAAACAUGCUCCUCGGAGCCACGGUGGUCACCCUGGUCUUCAUGGCGUUCGUGUGGACAUCACACAAUAAGGAUUUUGUCCGGAAGUUUAAGAAGCAGUAUCCCACGCUCUUCGUCAUGUCCAUCAUGCUGUCCAGCUACUUUCUCAUCUCCAUUUUUGGAGGAGUCAUGGUCUUUGUGUUUGGGAUAACGUUCCCUCUUCUCUUAAUGUUCAUCCACGCGUCUCUGAGGCUCCGCAACAUAAAGAACAAGCUGGAGAACAAGAGCGAAGCCAUCGGCUUGAAGAAGACUCCAAUGGGGGUUGUACUCGAUGCCCUGGAACAACAGGAGGAAAAUUUUUCGAAAAUAGCUGACUUCAUAAGCAAAGUGAAGGAAUAAACCCAACGGCGCCCCUUCACCGACAGACCCCCGCACUCCUCCAUCUUCUACCAUUUGAGGCUAUCUUUAUCUUUCAGUUGUGUGUAUUGGGGGCAGCACCUCACUGCCAUCUUUCCUUCCCUAUUCUCUUGGUCCGACAUGGAGACCUGAUUUUGUACUGUGUUUCUCGGUGUGGCUUGGUGGCCCCUCUGCUGGGUCAACAAUGGGGCCAGCUUUUUAAUACCUUAUUAUAGCCGACAGAUAUUAGGUCUUAGAAAUACGGGGAGUAGCACUUCACCCAGUCAGGUGUCCGCUUCACCCCCAACAACCCCUCUCUCCAUAAUAUUAUUAGCGUAUAGAAAUGCUAAUUGCACUUGCUUUGGAUACAGAGGAAUGUCCAGUUUGCCUUUUUGAGGAAUCCACCCCUGUUUUUAAGGCUCGUGUAUCUAUUUAGUUAUUUUAGGUUUUUCUUCUUUUCCUUCCUGUCAUCGCACUUGGCCGUGUCUGUUACAGAAGUUAUAAAGAAUAAAUGACCAUUGGUGAAAGGGGCUGUCGGUGAUAAAACAAAUUAAGUUUAUUUAAGAGAGCACAGGCCGUUUUCAUGUUAGGCUUUGUUCACAUCUGCGUUGAAGGCGCCGCUGCAGAUCCCAUAUCACAAAUGCCGGGCUCCCAUGUGAAAACCCAAUGGACCUCGUUAUAGUCAGUGGGGUCCGUCCGGCUCGGUUCCUGUCCCCGAUGCAACUGAUUUUAGCACUUUUGGAUCAGAACAACAGAAAUGGCGCAGAUGUGAACAAAGCCUUAUUCGUAGCAAUUCUCUAACCUUGAACUGACCAUACAUAUGUCCACAGAUGCACCCAGCAGUCUAAUGGGUCAUUGUCUCCCUGGGAGAUAAGCGGUGCCUUCGGCACUUCCUACUGUGCUUGUUUCUUGGUGAGCGGUGUCAGAAGGCCCCCGUGUAACUGUAGAAGGGCACCAAUGAAUUAGUCCAGUUUCACACAAGAUUCUUCGGUCCGGGAGACUCGUUCUGUGUGACGGCCGCAUUUUGCGAACUCGCUGUAUCUUAGUGAUCUGUGAUGCUCUGAGUUCUUACUUGACUGCAUGUCUACUCGCAGCAUUAUGUGACUGCAGAACAGUAGAGCCACGGUCGGUCCAGUAAAUGUCGCCAUCACAAGGAGGGUGUUUCCCAAACCGGUCACGCUUGUCUGAAGCUGGCCUUACUCACUUUAAGGCUAUGGACACCUCCGGGAGCAAUUUUUUAUAAUUGCAUUUUUCUCAUUUUGGGCUGGAAAUCAUUUUUUCCAAUUGGUCUUUAUUCAAAAUUAUUGACCUGCUCUGUCACAAAGGGUUAACUUUUUCUAGCUGUGUGACAGGUACUUUCACUUUCCCUUUGUGCAGAUGUCUAAUAAACCUUAUCUGUAAAUUACUAAAAGGUCAUAAAGACUUAUUUAAACUGCAUUCUUAUCAGUAAGAUAAGAAUUGAGCUAUAAGAAGUAUUUAUAAGGUAAAGUCAGCUGAGCUGCCUGACUGAACACAGUGAAAAUUCAGAUCCUGCUACUGGAGAAAGGCAAGCCUGCACAGAGAGAGGGGUUCAAAAUGUUUAAUAAAGACCAAUUGAAAAAAAGAUUUUUAGCUAAAAAUGAGUACAAUGCAAUAAUUAGAAAAAAAUAUAUAUUGCUCGUAAAGGUGUCCAUAGCCUUUAAAUUACAAUGGUCCUGACUAGUUCUCUUCCAACCUGCUAUUACAGUAUCCCAUAUUAUUACCCCUGGUCUGUUCUCUCUCUCUCCAUUGUGAAUGGUUCUGAUUCUCUCGGCUAGCACGCUAAUAACCGAUGCAGGAUGUAGCGCCGGUGCGUUAAAACCAUUCUGUAGGAGCGUUUAGGAAUGGAGCUGACCACUCUGAAACAAGUGUGGCCCUUGAUUGAAAAAAAGAAUGCUAACUAUUGGUAAAGUUGUGUGACGCGUGUAAGAUUGACAGAGGGUGCAAACUGGUUGCCAAAUGACGCUACUUUCUUCUUUAUCACAGUUGCUUAGUUCAUUAACUUUAGAUGUGACUGAUAAGGAAACUGACACAUGAGGGACCACUGGAAAGCAAUGGCAGAUCAGCCGGUCAUACGGCCGCCGUUCAGUGCAUAACGGCUGCCUCAGAAAAAUAGGUUGCUUGAACAGUUUGCUGUCUCUUUAAUUUUUCUGUAUGUUUAAUAAUGUAAUUCUAUUUUAGGUUAAUAUUUCUAUAGUAUAUACAGUAUUAAUAUGAAAUUUAUCUUAUAUUCUUUAUUUCCUGCAGUUUUUUGCACAUAAAUUAAAGGCAAAGUCUAUGCAAAACCUUACAUCCUAUAGAAACCAUAAAUUUGCUCUUUGGCUGUUUUUUCUUUUUUUUUUUUUUUGCACUAAAUGCGGUAGAGCUGUGUUCUCUUACAUAUGACUCUCUAGCUGUGGGGAAACUACAACUCCCAGCAUGCUCUGACAGUUGUCGCUGUAGGGCAGGGAUAGGCAAUCUCCGGACGCUCCAGCUGAUGUAAAACUUCAACUCCCAGCAUCGUCCAUUUACUUCUAUGAGAGUUCCAAGAACAGCCCAGGCCAAGUGUACAUGCUGGGAGUUGUAGUUUCACAAAAUGUGGUGUGCUGGAGGUUGAGCAUGCCUGCUCUAGGGCAUCUCAUCCUUCUUAACACUCCUUCCUGGACUGAUGAUUGUGUGAGAAAUGCCUCUAUGAAACGUGUAUAGAGAAUAGAGGAUCUUCUGUAUUUGUAUAACUGGACGCCAUGUUGAUCAGUAUCUCUCUCGCCUCCCGUCUAAUAAUUAGUCGGGUAUCGCCUUUCAUGUUUGAAAUAGUUAAAGGGGUCGUCCGGUUUAGAAACGCCGGUUCAGCACCCUCCUAUAUAAUCCAGAGCAGAGUGGCUGCAAAAAGUGUCUCUUGCAUUGGAGGACCCGACACGUCCAUACGUUACACAAACGUUCAAUAGGAACUGCAAUUCUUCAUUUUACCUGUGGUGGCGCUGCAGGGAAAUUGAUUACUUGCAGAUUAAGGGUUCAUGCACACGGCCGUUGCUCAGCGGGUUACGUGCGUUGGGGACCGCAGUUUGUGGUCCUCAAUGCAGGAGCAACACCUCUGUGCGGCUGCCGCGAUGGAUCCAGACCCAUUCAACUUUAACGGGUUUGUGAUCCGUCUGUACCGCAAAAAACAUAAAACAUGUUCAAAUUUUUUUGCGGUGUGGAGGCACGGAGAGGAACCCUACGGAAGCACUCUGACCCAGAGAUUUAUAUUCUAUUUAUCUGUAUGAUAUUUUAUCUACUAUAGAGCUCAACACAAAAUAAAAAAAAUUCAUAUAA